AGCUAAUCCACAAGAAGUUUUACUAGGUGGAUUUGUUACGACGAAAAAUUUAUAAUUAGAUAUAGGUGUUGCUUAUCUUUCAACUGAGUUUAGUAAAAAGGAGAAUGGAUUUAAUGCUACUGCAGUAUUAGGUUAGCCAAUAAUACUCAAAAUUAAUCCAACAUUAAAUUUAAACAAAAUCGAAAUGAAAGUAUCUAUUCUAAAUAUUCAGGCAUUUAAACUUAAUCAAUCCUUAAAGCAUUAUGCAGCAGUGGCAUCAUUUAACACUAUGCCUAUAAAAAUUUCAUUUUCAGAUGAAAAUUUAUAAUAAGUUUGGCCAUUCUUAGCUCCUAAUUUACAAUAGAAAGAUUUUAAAAUAGUAAAUACAGCUAAUCCAUCUUUGCUAGUCUCAGAAAAUAUAAAGAAUAUAGAAAAAAUACUUUCAUAUUUGGAAAAAGUUAUUGUAAGAAAAUUUAUCAUCAUAGGCUGGUAAUGAAGUAGGAGAUUAGGAUUUUGGAAGAAAACUCUUAUCUACUUUGAAUCAAAUAGAUUUAAUUCGAAAUGAGUCAGAAGUUUUAUUAAGCCAAGUUGAAGAAGCAUAAUUAUUUUAAUAUAUUGCAAACUUUGCUUAAGGAUAAGCCUUUAUUAAUGAAAAAAUGUAAAAGAUGUGAUUGGAUAUUUUUAUAAUAAUAUAUAAAUAGUAAAAGCGAC